AUGGCCUAUCCAAAGGACAAGAUUGCCUUCUUGUAUAUCCACACAGAGAGUGGCGAGCUUGCCUUCAUGUCACAGUCUGCGUUGCAAUAUGUCCCAGUUACCGGCACCCGGAGUGAUUUCACGUUUUCUUCCAUUGUUGCAAGCAGCAAUGCAGAAGAUUUAGAGGAGGUCAAGAAAGGCACACGCUCCAUUGCUCCGGAGAUGAACAGGUACACCAUUUCCAUGAUUGGAGUUGAUUCACGCACUUCAUGGGAAGCCACAGUCUAUGAGAGAUACAUUGGCAAUGGUUUCGAGGGUGUGGUUUUCACCCAGGAUCCCAGCCAGGGCACUCUUCAGGAGGCUAGCGAGAUGAGUUAUCUGGCCUCUCUCCUGCUGGAAAACAGCGUCAUGACCAGGGAUUGUCUCCUGGAGCCCUUCACUUCACACACACCUCAAGAGGUGGACGACAUCACCUCCCAAGUUGUGGACAUCAUCGAGAAGAAUUACAUCCACUUUCCAAACCACGACCAGUGGUUCACCAGUGGGGGCAAGCAGAGGUUUGCCGACAAGUUGAGGUACCACGUCGCAAGAAACAUUCCGCUCGAGUUCAUCUUGCCGGCUUUUCCUGUCAAGUCGUGUAAUCCUGACAAGACACUGGGAAUGUGCCCGGACAAAGCCGAGGAGCUGGCCAUUCAUUCCAUGAAGAUCGUGGCCGAUCUCAUCAAGGCAGUAUACCCUCCAGGCGUGCACUACAACGUCGUCUCGGAUGGCCAUGUCUUCUCCGAUCUCGUCGGCUCUGACGAUGCUGCUGUGGAGUCUUAUGGCGAGAUGUUUUCGGACAUGGCACACAACUUGUAUCCCGGCUUGGUCAGUUUCUUCCGCCUGGAUGAGUUUCUGCUGGACAACCACAGCGAGGACAGCAUUACGAAGCUUAUAUCCAACACCACCGUGGAACAUCCCGUUGCUACCGAGCUCACCGCCAAUGCAGAGAAUGCCAGGCGAGCUCUCAUGUGCUUGUUUGGAUGUGACGAGUCAACUGUCACCAAGGAGAUCAAGGAUGACCCGGAGACUCGCAAUCUUUAUCGUGGCUUCUCCAGAUUCAUGCUCGAGGACUUGUACGAACACAAGAGCUGCAAGAACCUUCCGUCAAAGUCGGCCAAGAAGAAGCUGUGUAGCCAGGUUGCCUUCCUCAUGAUCCUCAGGAACCGUGCCUUCUCGGCCAUGGUGGAGUGGCUCUUCCCGUUGCAGCUGCGCAUCUCCAUCCACCCACAUCCAAACAGAGGCCCCAAGUAUGGCAUCAACAUCAUUCAUUCCUCUCUAGUGGCAGCACAGCGGUCCUCCGAGGAAAAAAACUUCCACAUCCCAACCCCAUGGCACAAUACGGUGGUGGAGCUGGCGGAUGGCAAGUUCAUGCUGCUGCAUUCCAAAGUCAUCCGAGGUUCAAGUGUGCAUGCUGGAGAAAUGGCAUGCGAGCAACUCCAGUUGAGUCAACAGUUGCUUCUCAAGCGUGAAGGCUAUAGAAUGAUGCUGAUGAGAUAUCCAGAUGGCAGACCCAGCCACUACAAGCAAGUCUGCGUCUGCUAA